UCCACACUCAGCAUCCAAAAAGAGAGAGAGAAACAGAUUAAUCAAGCCUCAAACUGAUCGGAAUCACUCGACGACUAAUGCUGGCCGUCUCGCCGCUGAGAAAUCCUAAGAAUGAAUCCGAAGCCGAAAUGGAAGGCCUCUCAAUCGCCGACGCCGAAUUCCCCGAUUUCGCCGGCGUCAAUCUCCUCGACAGCAUUGAUUUCGACGAUCUCUUCCUCGGAAUCGGCGACGGCGACGUUUUGCCCGAUCUCGAAAUGGAUCCCGAGCUCCUCGCCGAAUUCUCCGCCUCCGCCAGCGACGAAUCGGAGCUGAGAACCGCGCCGCUCGACAAAUCGGACGACGAGAACACCUCGGAAAAUCAACCUCCCAAUAUUACUCCGCCGGAUCCGGAUGAAUCUGCUUCCGUUAAAGACGAAACGAAUCCGCCGCCGAAGGAGACUGACGGAGGCAGAAAAUCAAUCUCUCAAAUCUCCAAAAACUCUCCGACGAAGAGGAAAGUUAAGGUGGAUUGGACGCCGGAGCUUCACCGGCGGUUUGUGCAGGCGGUGGAGCAGCUCGGCGUGGAUAAAGCGGUUCCUUCGAGAAUCCUCGAGCUCAUGGGAAUCGAUUGCCUCACUCGACACAACAUUGCUAGCCAUCUUCAAAAAUACCGGUCCCACCGAAAGCACUUGUUGGCCCGCGAAGCCGAGGCGGCGGGCUGGAGCCAGAGGCGUCAGAUGUAUGCUGCCUCGGGUUGCGUGAAGAGAGAGCAUGUAAGCCCUUGGAUUGCACCAACAAUGGGGUUUCCACCGGUGACUCCAAUGCCUCAUUUUAGACCCCUACAUGUGUGGGGCCACCCAUCCGUCGACCAAUCAAUGAUGCCCAUGUGGCCAAAGCAUCUAACCCCUUUGCCACGGCCACCGCACGGUUGGCAUCCAGCACCACCGCCGCCGCUCGGUGACCAUUCGUUUUGGCUACCCCACCACCACCAUGUGCCUACUCAGGGUACGCCUUGCUUCCCGCCGCAGAUGACGGGGUUUCCAACUCCGGCGGUUGCAUGCAUACCGCCUCCAACCAUGUACAAAAUCGAGCAAGCUAGCGUCGGUCCUCCUUCCGACCUUCACCCGUCAAAGGAGAGCGUAGACGCGGCGAUCGGAGACGUGCUGUCGAAGCCGUGGCUUCCGCUGCCGCUGGGGCUGAAGGCGCCGUCUGUGGACAGCGUGGUGGUGGAGCUGCAGCGGCAAGGGGUGGCGAAAGUGCCCCCGGCUUGCGGCUGACUCCAUCGUUUAUUUCUUGGGAGGUUUAUGACCAAGAAAAAAAAAAUCCAAUUCGACGACAUUUCCAUAGCACAAUUGGAUCAUCAUCUAAUGUGCUUCUCUCUCUCUCUUGUGAAUUAAUUGUUGUUGGUGUAGAUGAGGAUGGUGAUGCUACUUAACUUUUUGUAAUGUUAAUUAUGUUAUGAUCAUGAAAAAAAUAUAGAGUAUUAUGCGGCUA